AUGGGGAAUGGAAUGAAUAAGAUUAUUAAGGGGGUGUACAUUGGAAAUUUUCGUGAUUCUAAAGAUGAGAAGCAGCUAACAGAAAACAACAUAACUCAUAUAUUAUCCAUUCAUGAUAAUGCAACGCCUAUAUUGCCUAAUAAAGAAUAUUUGUGCCUUAUUGCAAGUGAUUGUCCUGCUCAAGAUCUCACGCAAUUUUUUAGCCAAUCCAAUGAUUUUAUACAUAAAGCACGUUCAAGUGGAGGGAAUGUAGUUGUUCAUUGUUUAGCUGGUGUUUCUAGAAGUGUAACUUUAGUAGCAGCAUAUAUUAUGACAGUAACAGAUUUAAAAUGGAGAGAUACUUUAAAUUCUAUUCGAGGUGCCAGAUCUUGUGCAAACCCAAAUUUUGGUUUUCAAAGACAGUUGCAAAAGUUUCAAGAAGAACAGUUAGAAGAUGUAAGUAUUUAUUUAUUUGAGCCAUAUUUAUAG